UUUAGUUUGACCCUGUGCAAACCAAUUUUAUACUGAUUAUGCCAAGUGCAAUCUAUUAGUGUCCCUAAUUUUGAUUCAAUGCGUUUAACCUGCACAUUGACAGGCCAGUGAUCAACAAUUUGUGAUGGCUCAACAAAAAGCCAACUAACGAUAAAAUAACUAACAAAAGAUUAAAAAAAAAAAAAUUACUACUAAACUACUACAAUCACAUAAUGCAUACUCUGUGGCUCAUUUUGCCGCAUAUUUUAAUAGUUCCGCACCAAAUACUCGGUUUGAGAAGCACCAACAAAGAUCAUGAAGAAACAUACAAAGGAUAUUACAACUACGCUGACAUGACCGAUCGUCUUCAGCGUUUUUCUCAAAAGUACGCACAUAUUUGCAGCCUCUCGAGCAUCGGACAGUCUGUCGAGGGAAGGGAGCUUUGGGUCAUGAGAAUAACAACGAAUCAGACGGCGGAUGAACCGGGCAAACCGAGGUUCAAGUAUGUGGGCAACAUCCACGGAGACGAGGCUUUAUCGAGGCAGCUGUCAGUGUAUCUGAUCGAGUACCUGUUGACUCAGUACGGCCGCGAUGUGAGAGUAACAGAGCUGGUGGACCGGACGGACAUCUAUAUAAUGGCCAGCAUGAAUCCUGACGGCUCUGAGCGCGCGGUGGAGGGGGACUGCUCUGGCAGCAGCGAAGGCCGCGAGAAUGCCAAACAUUAUGACCUCGAUAAGAGUUUCUCAGACCGGGACGAGUCCUUCAGUAAGACCUCAGAAGACCUACCGGAGGUCACAGCUGUCAUGAAAUGGAUUCUUGAGAAAAAGUUUGUCUUGUCUGGUAGUCUACAUGGGGGCUCAGUGAUGGCCACCUACCCCUUUGAUGACGGCAGUUCUUAUGCAACCGCAGAGCUGACAGCAGAUGAGGCUGUGUUUCGCCAUUUAGCACAAACCUACACUGAGAACCAUCCCAUUAUGAGGAUGGACAAUCCUGACUGUCCUGACGUUCCAGACAAAAACUUGGGAGAUGGAAUUGAUAUGCUGACUUGGGCAUAUCACAGCACAGACACUUUAGCCGUUAACAUUGGUCUGAGCUGUGAACUGCUUCCACCAGAGGAGUUGCUCUCAGAAUACUGGGAGAAGAAUUACGGAGCGCUCUUGCACUUUAUACAACAGGUUCAUUUGUUUGUGAGGGGUAUGGUGACUGAUGGUCAUUCUGGCAAAGGCAUUGCUAAUGCCACAGUCGUGGUGGAAGGCUCAAGCCAUUAUGUGCACACCAGCAGCACGGGCCAAUACUGGAGACCUCUGGCUCCUGGUUCUUACCAUAUCACUGCUUCUGCUCCAGGUUAUACUCCAAUAUCAGCAUCUGUCCGGGUGUUGGAGACUCGGGUGGAGCAGGUGGACUUCAAGCUGACUAGAGGUACAUUGUCUGUUGAGGAAGGAGAACAGAAGGACUUUGAGAAACUGGUGGAGUGGCUUUUAGCCCCUGGUGAGUUGGAUCAGUUGGUCCGCAGCCUUCUCCCUGCUCAGACCUUGCGGUACCGAACCUACAGAGAACGCUCUGAGUUCCUGCGUGGAUUGACCUUAAACUUUCCUCGCAUCACACGGCUGUACAGUUUGGGUGAAAGCACUGAGAUUAGAACUAUCUGGGCUCUUGAGAUCGCUGGCAAUUUGGAGAUCCCUCAAGCUGCUGAACCCAAGAUCCGUUUUGUGGCUGGAGUUCAUGGUAAUGCAGCAGUAGGUCCAGAGUUGCUGCUUGAAUUUGCUUCUGUUCUCUGCCUAAACUAUGUCAGGAAUCCCGCCAUCACUAAGGACUUUAGUUUGGAUGUGGGCGUUUGCCCUGAAAUCACGGUAUACACUGACUGUUGUAUGUUCCCAUCCGUACGUCAGCUCUUCCCGCUGUGGAUUGAGAACAGACUGCCGCUUUUCCGCAUGCUGCUGGAGGUUCACAGAAGGCUUAGUGGUGUCGUGAGGGACAGCAAAGGCCGUCCGGUGUCGGAUGCUGUUGUUGUGGUGAACGGCUCUAUGAAUGUUCAUGCAGACAGUCAGGGUCACUUCACCACUCUCGUGGCUCCAGGCACACAUCAGCUGCUGGUUCAGGCUCAUGGUUAUCAGCAAGAACUCCAGCAGGUGAAUAUAUCCUCAGACAAAGUGACCAGCCCCAUUGUGAUCGACUUUACAGCGGACAGGGCUUCCCUAAGUCAGGCAGUCUUUGUAAUUGCCACAGCCUCUUUGAUGAGCGUCUUUAUCUGCACUCUCCUCAUCUGGCACCUUCGCUCUGCCAAGUUCAGCCGCAUACGAGACGGGGUUCGUUGGUUGCGUCGUAAGCGGGACGUCCUCCAAAUGGAAGCAAUGGCUUCAGAGAAGUCACCCUUGCGACAGGAGUUCCUGGAUGAGAGCGAGAGUGAAGAUGACCCUUUCCUUGUGGAGGGUCGCUGAAUGUGCUGUCACGGUGUUCAAGAAUAAAAUGUAAUUCUGUCUUUAUAGUACGUCAAAUGACUUUGUGAACGACAGAUGCAGAUCUGUCAACGUUUAGUAAAUGGUGUAUUUUUCAACCUUUGGUCUCCUAAACUUCAUCUAAUAUAUGCAUUUACCAAGCUUGUUGCUAGUGGUGGAUGCACAGCUAGUCAGGUGUUCAAGCGUUCAGGUCAUUGGAUUAACAGCAGGUGGCAGUAAUGCACCUAG